GGCGGCAUUAACAAUAGUUUCUGCAUUUAGAGAUACCUGCACUUCAAAAAUAUCACUCUAUUGGUGGAUCAAGGCAGGGAUCUCAAUGUAUUUUUCUCUUGGAUUUUUUUUUUUACUUCCAAAUCGACUGUAUUCAUGUUUUGUUAAACUAAUGUUUUCAGAGGAUGAUCAUUUUUUCCCCGAUCACGAUAUGGGGGCAUGAUGUAGAUAUCUCUGUUAUAAAAAGGAACAUGAAGAAAGGUUUAAAUAUCUGUUCUAAGUAAUAACUCUAUACAAUAAAUUUAUUGCAUGGAUUCUAACCAGCUUUGUAUAAUCCUUGCGUGUGGGUAUUUCGAAUAUUGAUAAAAAACGAACUUCAAUUGGCUCUGAAGCAUUGCUUUUUUAAUGCAAUCUAGCUGUGCUUUUCAAAGUAGAUAAUGACUGUCAAUAUCAAGUCAAAAAUUAGCUUCGUUAUUCAGGUGAUUACAAAGUGUUCUUUUCUUCAGAAGAACUAGCAUAAUUGUAGAUCUCUCCUCUCCUGAAGCAAGAUGGACUGAUGGUGUUGCCUUUCUCUCUGGUGACCAGGAGCCUGUAUUGUGCUGCAGCUGAGAGUAUCAUUUCCCAAAUUACUGGGAAUGAGAAGAAUUCAAUCAGAUAAUCAAGUUCUUCCAUCCAUGAUGGAUUUUUCCUAUCCACCAUUCAACUGUGGAAGGGAAGCUGAUAUAUCCUGGAGUGCUGGUGGGUAAUAAGUCCCUAUCUGUCGAGGAGAUGCUACCUUUGGUCGAUGAACAGUACAUUCUGGCAGUUCAGUCUCAAGACAGUGUAUGAAUUUAAUGCCUGCAGGAGCAUUUAGUCGACCGUAUGACUCACGAUGUACUCAUUACAAGGUAUCCACACUUGGAUCCUUCGAAGAAUGUGCUUCCCAAGGAACAUUUCCCGUACUUGCUCUUUUAUUACCCAGGUUCUCUUUGGUGGGAUCAGGGUCUAAAUCAAGAAUAUCGUUUCCAUGCGCACCUCUGCCGGUUCAGUGAGGAUUUCCGUAAUAGGGCAUCUGGGCUACCUCUCAUCAGAAUGAAUUGCCAAGUGGCAGCAGGUUGGAAGAAUCGAGGAAAGCAGAGACCGAGGAGCUUCCAAGACCAGCCCCUGACAAUCCACCAUCUCCAGAUACUGUUCCAGGACCAACAGAUGGUACCAUUAACUCUGUUCAACGUGGUGAAGACUGGACUGCCAACCAGACACACACCAAAGGGUAUGUGAUUCCACGAUGUACAUUUAGGACAAGAGGUUUUUGUCCAUCUGUUUGGUGUGCAAUACAUCCCAAAGGCCAUCUCAGGGAUCACAUGUAUUCACACAUGCCUGUUUGCGUAUUUAUGCAAAAAGCCUAAGGCAGAAAUAUUCUCUGGAAAGAGCUCACAGCCAGGCGAAAUGUCUUGGUUUCUUCUCUAGACAUAUAUUAGGUACUGUAGACCUGUCCCGUCUUGUGGCCUGGGUUUAUGAUCUGGCGAGAGAAGCCACUUAUGAAUGGAACCUCCCUAAACAUGUCAUCUUUGAAAUGAAGCACUUCGCACGGUUAAUGAAAUGGCCAACAGAGCAUGGGAUUAAAGUGGGUCCUGCCAACCAGAGGGCUUUGGUGUUACUGAGGAACGCUCUUCCUGAUCAUGCUGUAGAGAGCCAGGAGUGGCAUUCACUGAUGGAAACUGAACAGAACGAGAACAGGGAAGUUUGUCGGUUUGUCACACCUCGUCACCAAUCUCCCAAGGGUCCAAUUUCCACCAAAACAUCACCUUCCUUCCAGAGUGACCAUCCCUCUGGGCCCCCUGGUCAAGCGUCAUGCGGCUCCUUCCAAGCUUUUGAUAGUCAUUUUCAUCUCGACCAUUUAGAGCAAAGGAUGGUAAAGCGAGAGGAGGAUGCCAUAGCGGCACUGGUAGGUCGGAACCCCAAAUUUCAUGUUCAUCUUCGUGGUGGUGUCAUCAACUAUUGCGAUGCUACUAAUUUCCAUCAGGUACGCUUUCUGGCAAACUCCUCUUUCAGGGUAGCAGUUGGAAUACAUCCACGUCAUGCUUUCCAUAUAAGUGAGACAGAGAUAGACCAACUUCACGCACUCUUAUACCCACAGGUCAGUGCUUUGAGCGAAGUUGGAUUGGAUUACUCCUGCUUUAAAGAACAAUGGGAAAGCCAGAAGGUACUGCUACGCCACAUCCUUGCCAUGGGAGUCACAGGAAGGGUGUUAAUCCUUUGCUUACGUGCAGAUGGAACCAACUUUGCAGCAGGGAGACCUUCAAAGGAGUGCAUGAGAAUUAUGUUAAGAGUUUAAAGUGAGCCGUCACCAACGAAUCCACUUCCACCUUUAUGACCUCACCAGUGAAGAGGUGGCUCUUUGGAAAGAGAGUUACCCAGAGUGUCAUUUUGGAUUUAGCUGCUGCGCUGAACGUCUUGUCUCAACAAGUAGCGUUGAAACGUGUCCCCUUUUCACGUGUCUUGCUGGAAUCCAACUCACCCUUCCUUCCGGUUGACCUUACUGCCAAUUCAAACUCCCCAGCUUACAUUGGAGAAAUUGCUCAGGUGCUGGCUAAACAAAUACAACUUGAUCUGGAAGAUGUUCUGAAGAUGACUUCUGACCUUGCGAUCCUCCUGUAUGGCCCCGGGCGCGCUGAGUGUUCUCUGCAUUGACAGUUGCGGGCAAUUUUUCUUUUAUUGGUAUUCUCCCUUUUUUUUUCAUUUAAUAUUCAUUUAGUUCAUUUUGUUUUAUUUCAUAUUCUUGUUAUCAUUACAGUUUGGUGGAUGGGGGGGGGGGGUAGUUAGAUGGAUGUGAAAUGAAGAAGUGCAGAGGAAGAGCUGAUGGGAUGUGGUAGGGUUUGGCAAAGCUAGGGGGUGGUAGAUGGAAUGGAAAUGGGGGUUAUAGAGAUGGAGAUAGAGAAGGGAAGAGGAAAUAGGUAAAUGGAAGGCAUGCCUGCUAGGGAAGGUUGGUCUUGGGCGGGGGUAGGAUAGACGGAGGGAUGAGCCUAUAGGGACAGGGAAGGGGAAGCGGAGGGGUAUAGAGGGAGAAUAUGAUGGUAUUUACAGGGAGGUAGAAGAGGGUUUAAGGGAAUAAAUAGGGGGUAACGGUUGGUAGAGAUUAAAAGGAAGGGGGAUGUUAAAAGAGGGAAAUGUAACAAGUACAAUAAAACUGGGUAUUAUCAACUUGCCAUGACUCCUCACAAUUGAAGACUGCAUCUGGAUAUUGAAUGGUCUUGGAACAUCCUCCUGGCAGGUGCGGUAGAAUAACCAGAACCUGAACUGAAUCUCGAGAAUUUGUCGUCAUGCCGAAGCGAAAAUCAAAGCAGCUACCUGACCCACCGUCCAAUGCUGCUGCGAAGGACUCUUCUAAGAAAGCUCGAGGACUGACCAAGAACAGUGACGCAAGUGGUGAUGCCAAUGAGGAUAACGGUACGCCCAGCUCAGCUCUGCCUUCAGAUGUAUUCGCACAUCUCAUUCAUCCAAUCAAGGUUGAAACGUUUUUGGAAGAGUACUGGGAAAAGCAACCCAUCGUCAUACCGAACAGAAAAGGGCACCAGGAGUUCUUCCAGUCGCUCUUUACAAGGAAGAUCUUGGAGGAACUUGUAGCGGAGAAGAAGGUCUCCUUUGUCAAGGACUGCAAUGUCUGUCGGUACAAGGAUGGUGAGAGGGAAUCGCUCAACGGGAAAGGGAUGGUCAAACCGAAUAAACUCAAGGAACUUUUGGACAGAGACAAAGCUACAAUACAGUUUCACCAACCGCAGCGCUUUCAGGAGAGUAUAUGGAGUCUACUAGAGAAGCUAGAAUCAUUCUUUGGUUGUCUGGUAGGUUCCAAUGUCUACAUGACACCCAAGCUAUCUCAAGGACUGGCGCCUCAUUACGAUGAUGUAGAGGUGUUUGUGCUUCAGCUUGAAGGAGAGAAACAUUGGCGUCUCUAUAAACCGCCGACCCUUCUUCCCCGAGAUUAUAGCCGAGAUCUCGACCAAUCAGAGAUCGAAGAGCCGACACAUGACAUAGUACUUCAGGCAGGUGAUCUUAUGUACUUCCCACGAGGAACGGUUCACCAGGCUGAUACACCUAGUACAUGUUCCCACUCCACACAUCUGACUAUUAGCACAUACCAAAGAUCUUCUUGGGGUGAUUUUCUCAGUGUUGCCCUCCCGUCCAUGAUUCAGACAGCCAUUUUAGAGAAUGUCUCCUUCCGUCACGGUCUUCCUUUGAGAUUUUUCUCAGAUCAUAGUCGGCAGGCAAGCAGCAGCGAGACGGGCGAAAAAAUAACAAGUUUGGUAUCACAACUGAGCAGCCAUAUUGGAUCACAUGGUCAGGAAGCUGCCAAUGAGAUGCUCUGUGACUUCAUAGCCAACCGUCUGCCACCAUUCAACAAUGGUGACCAAGACUUCGGCCCUAAAGGUCCCAUGCCUUCAUCAGACCACCAGGUGCGUCUACGCCUCCCCGAUCAUACUUUCAUCGUAAGAAGGCAAGGCGAAGAGGAUGAUGAGGAUGAUGAAGAAGAAGAGGAAGAAGACGAUGGAAAGGAAGAUGAUAAUGAGAAAGCAUUUCAACUGUUUGUCUAUCAUUCUUUUAAUAAUUCUCACCAAGAGCACAUGAUGUGCAGCGAAUCUAAAGAGGCUCUAGGGAUCCAGCUACCAACAGAAUGUGAGCCAGCUCUCAGAACUCUUAAAGAAUCUCCACAAUCCUGGCAGAACAUCAGAGACAUAAAUUUGGAAGAUGGCGUCAGGUCGCAGAUGAUGAUGUCACUAUGGGCAGAGGGUCUGAUAGAAGUCAGGGCCGGGACAUAGGUCGAGAUAGUUCUUGAUAGCCUUAGGUCACAGAUGAUGUCCUGAUGGGCAGAGGGUCUGGUUGAACUGGUUGAAAUCCAUGAUGGGAGAUAGUUCAAGAUGCUGCCGUUGGGUCACAUAUAAAUCACAUCACUUUUGGUGGUAUAAUUAGAGGAUGGGAGAUAAUUCUUGAUUUUUGGACAUACUGCAUGAAGUCACAGAUGACUGUGUCACUCUGGGCAAAGGGUUUGGGAUGGGAGAUAGUUCUUGAGGCAGGGUUAUAUCGCAUUACGUCACAGAUAAUAAUGUCUUGGUGGGCGAAGAGUCUGGUAGAAGUUGGGGACAGGAGAUAUUUCCGAGGCUGUCACUAGGUCACAGGUGAUCAUGUCACUUUUGGUGGUAUAAUUGGUGGAUGGGAGAUAAUUCUUGAUUUUUGGACACACUGCAUAGGUCUCAGAUGACUGUGUCAGUCUGGGCGAAGAAGUGUUUGGUUGAAGUCGGAGAAGGGUUAUUCAGCUUAAGGUCACAGAUGAUAAUGUGUUGGUAGGUGGAAGGUCUUGUAGAGGUCAUUUAAUAGUGGAUUAUAUGGCAUAAGGUUGCAGAUAAAUGUAUCACUGUGGGCAGAGGGUCUGGUUGUAAUCCAAGAUGGGAGACAGUUCAGGAUGCAUUCAUUGCAGCACAUGUGAGAUCAUUCUUAAAGUAAGGUUAAUAUCUUUGUUGGCAGGGAAGUCAGGGACUGGGUUAUAUGGCACUUGGGUUGCAGAUAAUUAUGUCACUGGGCAGAAGGUCUGGUUGCAGUCUGGGACAGGGGAUAGUUCAUGAGGCGGGGUUAUGCAGCAUCAGGUCAGAAAGGAUUGUCGCAAUGGAUGGAGGGUCUGAUAGCAGUCCGGGACAUUAUGCAAAAAUUUAAAGAUGGCUCAGAGAAAAACCAUAUUUUACAAUUAUGGCAACCUCAUCCAGUCUGAAAACAGUUUCCUGAUUCAUGGAAAGAACCGUUUCUUCUAGACAAAAUUUUUUGAGUUUAUAGUCAAAACUCUGGAAAAUACAAAUUUUUCUGAGCCAUCCUCAAAAUUUGUCAAUUUUGAGAUACACGAUUUUAAAAGCCCAUCAACAUUAUGGAGGAAGUACGUUGCAAGGAAUCCAGUUAUAUGAUUCAGUACAGUCACAGUGAAUUUCAGGUGUGGGAAACGGAGCAAAGAUCAUGAAAAUAAUCAUCCUUUGUAAACUAAGUUUGUAGACAUUUGGACUGAUGACAACAUUCAAGCAGCUUUUGAAUUGCCAAAGUGUUUUUUUAAAGGUUUUUGCUAUCACGAUUGUAUGAAUAAAAUGCAAAACAUUCAACUAAAAUUAA